AUGUCUGGGCUGCUUUCUGCUUUAUUACUUACUAUUCAUUCUCCCGUCCGUUCUCAACCUAACGUUAACUUAUCCCUUUCCUACCUACCUAAUUCCUCUUCCUCGACUAUUCAUCGUCAACUCGACAGUCUCUCGCUCUUUGAGCUCUGUUCACGUGCAACUACCUUACCUCUGAGUUAUCCUCCCUGGGCCCCCGGCUCUAAGAUUCCAGAAUCAGAUCCUCAACCAACCAGGGUGUUGGUCUUGACUCUCCCAUUCCUGCUUCCCGACGCCAUCCACUUCAACUUUACCUGA